AAUUGAAGAAAGCAAGCAGUUGAGCAUCUUUAUUGAACUGUAGCAUGGCAAAACACUGUGAGGAAGAAGAGUGUGUCGGUUUCAGGUACGAUGUGUUCAUUAGUUUCAGAGGCGAAGAUACUAGAAGCAAUUUUGUAGGGCAUCUCCGUAGAGAGUUGGGUAUGAAGGGAAUGAAGAGUUUCAAUGAUGACAGGGAUAUGGCGAUAGGGGAAAGUCUUUCACCUGCUCUGAAAAAGGCCAUCGAAGAAUCUAGGGUUUUCAUCGUUGUGUUUUCUGAGAACUAUGCAUCUUCCACAUGGUGUCUGGAUGAACUUGUUAGGAUCAUGGAACUGAGGGAGAAGAAGCAGAAGCAAGUUGUUUUGCCAGUGUUCUACCAUGUAGAUCCAUCAGAUAUAGUGCAAGAGAGAAAUAGCUUCGGAAAACACAUGAAGGCACGUGAAAAUAAGUUUGGAAAAGAGUCGCAAAUAAUGCAGGAUUGGAGAUCUGCUUUGUCUGAAGCAGUUAACUUGCCAUGGAAGCAUAUUAUUACCACCGGGUGUGAAAACAAUUUUAUUAAAGAAAUUGUUGGGGACAUCCACAAGUAUAUAGGUCCUAAACCUUUAUAUACGGGUCAGAACCCUCUUGGACUUGAGUCCAACAUAGAAGAGGUUAUGUCACUUUUGGACAUGAAGCCUGAUGACAACACUGUAAGAAUGUUGGGCAUAUAUGGACUUGGUGGAAUUGGAAAAACGGAACUUGCCAAAGCUUUGUAUGACAACAUUGUUCAACACUUUGAUGCUGCAAGUUUUCUUGCUGGUGUUAGAGAAAAAUCAAACACAAUCAAUGGCAUGGAAGAUCUACAGAAGACACUUUUAUCUGAGAUGUUAGAGGAGUCAGAAACUAAGUUGGGAAGUAGCAGUAAAGGAAUAUAUCAAAUAAAACAAAAGCUUCGCCGAAAGAAAGUUCUUUUGGUUCUUGACGACGUUGAUGAUAAAAAGGAGUUAGAAAAGCUGGCAGGAUGGUGUGAUUGGUUUGGUCCUGGUAGUAGGAUCGUUAUAACGACAAGGGAAAAGGAUGUGCUAAUUGCUCACCAUGUUAAAAAUAUUUAUGAAAUGAAAGAACUCGAUGAACAACAUUCUUUGAAGCUCUUUUGUUGGAAUGCAUUCGGACAAGGAUAUCCUAAACCAGGUUUUCAAGAUGUGUCCGUGAGAGCGGUAGAUUACGCCAAAGGACUUCCACUGGCUUUAAAAGUGAUAGGCUCUGAUUUAGCUAUUCAUGGAGCAAGUUUAGAAGCUUGGGGAGAUGCAUUGGAAGAAUAUGAGAAAACUCCUCCAAAUAAAAAGAUUCAAGAUGUGCUUAAAAUAAGCUACGAUAGAUUGGAUAAUGAUGCCAAACAAGUUUUCUUGGACAUAGCUUGCUUCUUUAAAGGGGAGAGAAAGGAAUACGUGAACAAGAUACUUGAGGAAUUUCGUUCAGCUCACAAAAUGGAAGAGCUUGUUAAUAAAUCUCUCAUAACUAUCGAGAAUGGCUUCCUGAAGAUGCAUGAUCUAAUACAAGAUAUGGGUAGAGAGAUUGUUAGGCAGGAAGCACCAAAUAAUCCUGGUGAACGUAGCAGAGUAUGGGAUUUUGAAGAUGUUCUUGAAAUACUAAACGAAGAUUCUGGAAGUGACAAGAUUCAAGGGAUUAUGCUUGAUCCCCCUCAGGAAGAAAAGGUAAAUUGGAGUGGUACUGAGUUUGAGAAGAUGAAAUGGCUCAGAAUUCUUAUCGUCCGAAACACAUCCUUUUCAUCUGAACUUCAACAUUUACCAAAUCAUCUAAGACUGCUUCACUGGGAGAACUAUCCUUCAAAGUCUUUCCCACCAAAAUUUCAUCCAAAGAAAAUCGUUGUCUUCAAUUUACCUAGAAGUCGUCUAACAUUCCAAGAGCCAUUCAAGAAAUUUCCAUGCUUGACCAAUAUGGACUUUUCGUAUAACCAAUGUAUAACUGAAAUACCUGAUGUGUCCGAACUUCAGAAUCUAAGAGAAAUGAGACUUGAUCAUUGUAGAAACCUAAUUGCAGUCCAUGAAUCUGUUGGAGUUCUAAAAAGGCUUGCGCACUUAAAUCUUUCAGAAUGCAGAAAACUUCAAAAUUUCAUGUCCAGAAUGUUUCUGCCAUCUCUAGAGAUCUUUAACCUUAACUUUUGUGAAAGCCUUGGUCACUUCCCAGAGAUAACGAAAGAAAUGACAAAGCCAUUGAAGAUUUAUAUGACAAAUACGGGUAUUCAAGAGCUUCCAGAAUCCGUUAGUAAACUUACUGAGCUUGUUUCCUUAGACAUAUCGAAUAACAGGAAACUUAAAUAUCUACCAAGCAGCUUAUUCAUGUUGCCAAAAUUAGAAGAAUUGAUUGCUUCAGAAAACAAUUUUGUAUCUAUUCCUUCAUGCAUCAAGGAAUGUGGUGACAGGGCAAGUCUCGAUUUGAAUGGAUGUAAGAAGCUUAAUAAAGUUCCUGAACCCACCAGCUUGAGAAUUCUUGAUGUUCAUGACUGUUUGCAUCUUGAAGAAAUUUCAGAGUUGUCGUCGACUGUUCAGAAAGUAAAUGCAAGAUCUUGUUUCAAGUUAACAGAAGAAACAUCAGACAUGCUAUGGUGUCAGGUGAAGAAAGGGGUUGGUGGAAUAGAAAUGGUGAUGCCAUUUACAACUGAAAUUCCAAAAUGGUUUAACUUCGUGGGAGUGGAAAGUAUUCCUCAUUUCUGGGUUCGUGGGAAGUUCCCUAACAUUGUUGUAGCCAUGAUCUUCCACUUCCAAAAUCCAAGUGAAAGGGAAUAUGGUUUCCGUCAACUUGUUGAUCUCCGUUUACUUAUCAACGGUCGAUAUGUUCCUCGGAAAGGGUAUCAGCACUUUAGAAUUGAAGCAGAACACAUGUUGGUGUGUGAUUUACGAGUUUUGUGCAGUGAGGAGGAGUGGUUUGGCCUUGAUGGACUUCUGGGGAAUGAGUGGAAUCUGGUUGAGGUUGCGUGUGAUGCCACUUGGAGCUUGACGAUAAGUGGUUGGGGUGCUUUUGUGUAUGAAGAAGGAAGCAACAUGGAAGAUCUCCUAUUCACUUGUCCCCUUGAGAACGAAAAUGAGCUUCAUGAUCUGAAAGGAACAGCGAUUGAAAUAUUAUAUGAAGGAAUAAGAGAUGGACUUUUUGAGGCACGGAAUAGAUUUCCUUCUCUGGAUAUUGUUGAAAUCUUUACCGCAACCUUGGAGAAGGGUCCUAGGAUGUUAUGGACAGCUGAAGGGAUGGAGCUAAUACCGACAGCUGAAAAUAGGACAUACUUCACUGGAGUUCAAGCUGGACUCUUGGAAGCAAAUCGGAGAUUUCCUGAUUUGGACGUGGGGGCAACACUGAGUACUGUAGCAAAUAGGAAAGGGAUUAAAGGAGAUUUUAAAACACCCUUACAAGAAAAAAUGAGGAUUCCUCAUUUGGAUUGGACUACAGUGACACUUCCUCCCUCUCACGACCCUCUCAUGCAAAUAUACAUGAUGAUGAUGAAGCAGCAGAGUUCUUCGGAAUCCGAGCUCAAAACUAAAACCCUGUGGAAGUUGAAGGAGAGCCACCAAGUUCUGCGCAACGGACUUGCACUACGUGAAAAUGCUGCUCAGAACGCACCCAGCUGUUCCAAAAAUCGAUAUGAUGAACUGAUUCAGAAAUUCCACAUCCAAUAUGAUGCGUUGGUUGGGAAGAGAGUAGACAGGGUUUAUGGUGUGGCAAAGUACGAAAAUGAUAGUGUUGUUUUGAAAGAAAGAGUGAAAGAAAUAGAGAGGGUAUUCAAUGGUGUGGUUGAGAGGCUCCAGAAUUCAGAGGAGUUUGAAGAUGUAAUGACUGCAAUGUUCUUGAAUGGACUCAGGGAUGGAGUCCUUGAAGCACGGGCCAUUUUACUUGCUCUCUGCACCCACACACAAGCUCAUGAAAGUGUCACUGAUGAGGCUACUAAUAAUCAAAACAUUUCCUAGAACAUUUGUUUUAUAGCAGGUGUAGAAUGAUGUCUGUUAAAUUGUAUUCUGUGUGUGUAAACUAUUUUUCGGACAUGUUAUUUGUUUCUGUUAAAGUGAUGUUCUUGAUCUGCGGAUUUCAAGAGAAGGCAGGAAGGUGGAUAAUGAUACAUCUCUUUGGGUAUAUAUAUGAAGUUUUUGUGUUGCAUUUUGUUU